AUGAUCAAAACCGAGGGCGAACGAGGAGGGGAACGACAGUUCUUAAAUAUAAGUCCAGGAGGGGAGGACAGGAUCCAGAGAGGACUGGGGUCGCAGUUGAUUCGGCGGGCUAGAGGACAGCCAUUGCGGGAACAAUUCGGUCAACUCGAGCAUCUUGUGAGGCCCCUAGUUUCCCGCUGUGUUGCCGAUCAACAAGAAGCUGUCAAGCUUGGAGCAAGUAAGCGUGUGGAUAUCAGCGAGGAACGAGAGGGCUUGAAUGCCAAGAAGCGCGAUACGGACGGAGGAACAUGGAUAAUUGGGGUAGGUCCAAAGUCUGAGAUGGCGGAGCGGAGUCUAUCACGGACAUGGGGGCCAGGACCAGGCGACGGACAGGAAGGGAGAAGAGGAAGCCGAUUCGACAGAUGCAGCGUUGUCGAUGUCGCGGUUGGUUAUGUGCACCCCUUGCUUGUUUCGUGGGACCCAAGAUUGGACCCUCGAGAGCUGCAAAGAGAUGAGCAUUGGAAAGAGGCAAAGUGGAGAGUUGGAGAGGACUAUAAUCCUGGUCAAACGCUAAUGCUUACUCCACUCGCAAAGGAAGGCACAGGUACAGGUACCGAUACAUGGACGAGGUACUUCCUUCCUUCCGUCCUUCCGUCAUGGACUCUCUAUCAUGGUCGCUCGAGGCAGGAACCGCGCUUUGUUUCUUUUCUCCUUCUGUCAGCCUACCUACCCGAGCAGGUUGGUACUAGUUGCCAAGCUUUCGUUAUCUCCCCAUGUUGGAUUACCGAAACUGUGGCCCGAUAUGAUACUAGGUUUCCAGGGACCUUGACAAUCUGUGUCGAUGAUACCACAACUGCGAGAUUCCCCGUCUUGUCUUGCGCAAGUCGACCCACCGACUUCCUCGCCGUAUCUGAUUACAGCACAAUAAGCACUCAGGUCCUAGAGCGUUUGUGGUGCCAUUCAUACGAUUAUUCGGAAAUAGUCUCCUGCGAAUUCACGUCGCAUCCUUCACAUUAUAGCAUGUGCGGCAUGACGACUCAUUUGGUGCCUCGUUAUGACAGGGGACAAAACAUGCCUAGAAAACAGCUUUCUUCUAGAAGAGUGGCGCAUGGUAAAGCUUAUGCACCCUGCCUAUUUUCGCUAUGGUGCGACAGUUAUCUUUCGGAUAGGGACUACGAUAACAGAAAGCCCGAACGAAAAUCCAUCGUAACAAUCAACCGCCGGCUACUGAUUACGGUCCGCGGCAGUUCUUGCCGCUGCGGUUGUGGCUUUGUUCUAGAAAACUUCCAUCGGAAUUCGUGUCAUCACACACGUUCAGUACAUGACGUUUCAAUGUCGAGAUGUCGAGAUCCGCAGACGUUGAAUCUCAACUACGGGGUAAUACGUAACAGUUUGCUCUCAUCUGCCAUUACCCCGUGGGCGAAUCGCCGUCAAUCUGGGGCACAUCUCCAUACUCUACAAAUUGGCCCGUUCUUAAGGAUCGAGCAACAGUCAAUUGAGGAAAUUCCCCAAACGUUUGCAGGACAGGGCAGGACAGGGCAAGGUCCCAAGUUAAUCGAUGGGCUCGGACAUGACCGACUAGGCCAGGCCCCCCUUGCAGCCCCCGCAAAGACAGUUGAAGCGUUAUCAAUUGUCGCCCCUGACCUUGAGAGCCCGGCACCAUAA